AUGGCUGUCGCUAGCCUAAACAUGUCGCCGAUCUUCAGUGGCUACCCGUUCCAAGGUCAGGGACGCGUCAACCAGCUGGGCGGAGUGUUCAUCAAUGGGCGCCCUCUGCCGAACCACAUCCGGCUACGGAUCGUCGAGAUGGCGGCGUCCGGGGUCCGUCCGUGCGUGAUCUCGCGUCAGUUGCGCGUCUCACACGGCUGCGUGUCGAAGAUCCUGAACCGCUACCAGGAGACGGGGUCGAUCCGGCCGGGCGUAAUCGGCGGCUCGAAACCACGCGUCUCGACACCCGAGAUCGAGCUCCGGAUCGAGGAGCUGCGCAAGGUAAACCCGGGCAUCUUCAGCUGGGAGAUCCGCGACCGUCUGAUCAAGGACGGGCUGUGCGAUAAGACGACGGCCCCAUCGGUCAGCUCGAUCAGUCGGCUGCUGCGUGGCGGCGGCCGUCGGGACGACUCCAUCGGCGGUCUAGCGGAGCUACGCGGGAACCACUCGAUCAACGGCAUCCUGGGUGGGUCAUCGUGCGACGAAGACUCCGACACCGAGUCGGAACCGGGCAUCACGCUGAAGCGCAAGCAGCGCCGCUGCCGGACCACCUUCAACGGGGACCAGCUGGAGGCGCUCGAGGUUGCGUUCGCCCGCACCCAGUACCCGGACGUGUACACUCGGGAGGAGCUCGCCCAGAAGACGAAGUUGACGGAGGCCCGCGUUCAGGUGUGGUUCUCCAAUCGGCGGGCCCGACUCCGGAAGCACAUGAGCUCUCAGCAGAUGUACCCGUCGGCGGCCCAGUAUCAGGUGCCGUUCGAGCAUCAAGGAUCGGGAUCACCGAUGGGAGCCGCCGCAGCGGCCGCCGCUGCAGCCGCUGCCGGGUUCCCGGGCUCGAUGACGCCAGCCUGGGCCGCCCAGUACUCGUCCGCCGGCCCCGGCCAACCCUCGGCGUCGAUGCACGCCCCGACGCAAACCUCCUACAAUCCGCUGGCCCAGACCAUGAUGCAUCCGACGUCCGCGACCAUGAGUCCGCCCGCGUCCAUGAGCCCCCCGAGCUCGGUCAGUCCGCCAGUGUCCCACGUGGGAGGCGCCCCGUCCACCUCGGUGUCCCCGGUACCACACCACGCCAACCACGGAGUCCAGAUGGCCCAGAACCACGGUGUUUCGGCGGCUCCGCCGCCCGGUGGCUACAACUACUUCUCGACGAUGCUGGACAACGGCACCCAGCACGGAGCCAGCAUGGCCGACCACCACCAUCACGCUGCUGCCGCCGCCGCCCACCAUCACCAGGCCCAGGCUGCGGCCCAGUCCUACGCCGUCGCCGUGGCCGGUGGCUACUCCUCGGCGGCGGCCGGCGCCAACGUGGACGCCGCCGUGGCUUCCCACCAGAAGUCCGCCAGCGAUUGGGACGCCUACAGCACGUUCUUCUCGAACAACAUGGGCCACCAUCACGCGGCACACCAUCAUCAUCCGCACGCCGCUUCGGCGGCGCACUACCAAUCGGCCGCGCUGGCCGCCGAGGCCAAGUCCGGCUAUCCCUACUUCGGGCAGCUCGGAGGUCUGGAGAUGAGCCGUCUGCACUGCUGA